AUGAGGGCGCUCGAGGCCUCGUUUUUGAAGUUUGCGGUGGGCGUAGCUGCUCUGGGACUUACCCGAGCUGUGCUUGCCGACGGUGGCCAUGAACACGGCCAUGACCAUGGCGGCGAAAGCGGCGGCAUGAAGAUGUCGGAUGCGGACAAGCCACUACCUGAAGACCAAUACCCGCCUACGUACUUUGCGCAUCCAGAACAUGGGGCGGCUAUUUACGCCCACAUUUCCCUGAUGGUGGUUGCGUGGGUGUUUGCGCUACCCGUUGCCGUUAUGUUCUCCCUUGCCCGCUCCCGGUACACACUCGCUGCGCAAUUCGCGUUCCUCGCCGCUAACGCCGGAGGCGUGCUGCUGGCUGUCAUCUACAACGCCAACACCCCAGACUUGUACCCCAAUAAUGCCCACCACAAGAUCGGCUGGAUCGCCACUGUGGUUGUCGGCGCCCAAGUAACCAUUGGCCUCCUAGCUCGCGUUGCAGGCGUGAUGAAGCGCAGGAGGGCAACGGGAGGAAAGUCUCGGAACAGCAGUAUCAGCAUGACGGCGGUGCGGGCCGAGGAGCGCCAGGGCUUCAUCUCCAUCCCCGUGUCGGCUGAGGCCAUGGCAGAGCACGAGUCUCGCUAUGUGGCGAGCCCGUACUCGCGGUUCUCGAAUGAUAGUGGCCAGGGCACGGAGCCCAAGACCGAGUCGCUGCGUAGCAACUCGCUGUCGUCUGGCAGCGGCAGUGACUCUCCGUCGAGCCCCACGCGUCAUCAGUACCCUCGCCAUCCUGAGCAUGAUGAGGACGAUGAGCUUGAUGCCGAGGUUCAUGGUGAUCUUGAGGCCCACCUGCCUCUGUUCUCCAAGUCCACCAAGACCCAUUCGCUUGUGGCUAAGGCUACGGGGAUGGUGCCGGAGCGGUUCUGGAAGGUGCUGAUUUUUGGGUACGACUUUGUCGACCGGACGGUUUUGAUACUUGGCUUCAUUGCGCUCUGCACUGGUAUCAUUACCUUCUCCCGCUUUUUCGAGGGCCAUGAAAUUUUCAGCGGUCUGGCGCAUUGGAUCAAGGGUGGCGUAUUUUUCUGGCUGGGUAUUCUCACCCUUGGCCGCUGGGCCGGUAGUUUUGGGGAUCUGGGAUGGGCAUGGAACAUCCGUCCCGCACGACCGGGUCAAAAGUGGCGCCCCUCGGCCGAAUUUGUCGAGAGCGGCCUCAUCUUCUUCUACGGCUCGACCAACAUUUUCCUUGAGCACCUUGGCGGCUGGGGCGGUGCAUGGAGCGCACAAGACCUUGAGCAUAUGUCCAUCACCGUCCUAUUCAUUGGCGGUGGCUUGUGUGGCAUGCUCAUUGAAUCCACCAAAAUCCGCGCCCUCCUUAACUACACCGUUACUGAAGCCAUCCCCGCUCACCGGACCCCCCCUUCCCCGCCUAACCACCACCACUCCGAUGACCUAGAAACCGGCCAACCCCGGCGUUCCACCACCACCUCUGAACUCGCCGUUCCAGAAUCCUAUGCCUUCUCCACAAACCCCAUCCCCGCCCUCGUCAUUCUGCUCUUGGGCAUCAUGAUGAGCUCGCACACCCAGGAGAGCAUGGUCUCGUCGAUGGUGCACAAGCAAUGGGGCACGCUGCUGACCGGUGCUUCGUACGCGCGCGCGCUGACCUACAUUGUCUUGUGGCUGCGCCCCCCAAAGUCGGUGUUCCCUUCGCGCCCGCCUACGGAGCUGUUGACGGCUUUUGGGUUGAUUGCGGGUGGUGUUAUUUUUAUGGCUAGUGCUGGUGACGUGAUCAAUGGCAUGAUUCACUACGAGCUUGACGCGAUGUUCAUGUACACCGUUACUAUGGGCCUGGUGGCGCUGUUAAUGGCCUGGGUGUUGGUUAUGCUUGCCCUUAAAGGGUGGGCUGCUCGACGGGAGACCGCUGCGAGGGCUUGA